GCCCAACUGGGUAUGGUGAACAUUGAACAGGAGAGAACUAACCAGCUGCGGUUGGCUGGUCUGGAAUUUGGCUGGUGUAGGUGGUGGCGGCUGAUUCUGCUUAUGAAUGUUUGUUGUUAUUGAAAAGAGCGGCUACAUCGUUACAACUAAAAACUAAUUUUGUCUAUUAAGUUUUGAGUUUGUCAGGAUUUGUUCAUUAGAUUUCAUAAUGGAGCUUCAGGGAAGUUACAAAUUGAACUGGAAUCGUCAUGGCUUACAUCUACAUUCCUCUAUAUCAAAGCUGUAUAACACUGAUAAUUUCACUGAUGUUGUACUGGCUACAGCAGAUGGUCAAUACAUACCUGCUCAUCAGUUCGUGCUGUCAGCUUGCAGCUCUUAUCUUCAUAAGAUGUUCCGUGUGGCACAGAAGAGCUCAAAAAUGUUUGCCAAAAUGUUUAUUGUUCUGCCUUCUGAUAUCAGUUACACAACAUUGAGUGUCCUCCUUCAGUACAUAUACCGAGGGGAAGUGAUUGUCAACCAUGAUCAGCUUCCAAACGUUAUGAAAGCUGCGUCUAUUCUUCAAAUCGUUGGUUUAUGUCCUGUUGAAGAAAAACCAAAUGAAAAUUCAACUGCAAGCAGUACAGAUCAACAUAACAAAAGUACAGAUCAAAAUAACAAAAGCACAGAUCAACAUAACAAAACCGGUUCUGAUUUGAAAAAAGACUCAGUAAAGAUUCAACUGAACCGUCAAAUCUUGAUUCCAGAAGUAAGAAAGGCAAUAAGUGUUAAUGCUAUUAAUUUUAAUAAAACCCCUGCAAGUGCUGCAAGUGCCAAUGAACUCCCAAGAAUAAACUCCCCUAAUGAUCCUCCACCAGCUAGGAAAAAACUAAAGGGGAACCCAAACGAGAGUUCUUCAGAGAGUGACAAUAGAAGCAACGAGAGAGGUAAAGUUACAGUAGAGAUUAAGGAAGAGCAAGAAAUCCAAGUAAAGGAUGAGCCAGAUUGGGAAGACCAGAAGAGCACAGAUGGGGAUGAUAGCAUCAUUAAAGAAGAGGCAGUAUCAGAAGAGGAAAUAGAAGUGGAGGGUGACGACUGUUAUGUUCCACUUACCUGUGAUCUCUGUAAGAAGACUUUCACUACUCCAGCCCUGUGGGUUCAACACAUUCAGCAGAAACAUCCCUCAACUGCUCUUGCCUCUGGGAAACGUGGUGAUGCUUUGGAUGCUGACAACAGUACGGGAUUCCCACCUUUACACUGUGAGAUGUGUAAGAAGGUCUUCACGGUGCCGGCAGAUUGGGUGAAACACAUUCAGUCUCACACUGAAGAACAGCUGACUGAAAACAACGACAAAGUGGCUGGACGCAAGUUUCAAUGCAAAGUUUGUAGCAAGGUGUUGCAGUCACGAGCGUCCAUGUUGAUCCAUGUCCGCACUCACACAGGAUUAUGUCCUUUUACCUGCAAGAUCUGCGGCCGGCAGUUCAACGUCAAGAGUAACUACUUGAGGCACAUGCGUGCUCUCCACAGUGAAUGUAUUGAUUCACCAAAUGAAUAAGUUUAUAUCUUGUGUUUUGUUGUUUUUUAACAUCAAUUUAUAUAAUACAACUGGGUGGCACAGGACUACCUGAAUAUUAAACCAUUCCACUAUACAAUUUAUUGGAGAAUUAAGUCUACUAACCCUUCAACACGGGAAUUUUCAUGUGCCAUUUUAUUACUGGACACAGGAUUUAUUCAUUGUACCUGUCACUGACAUUGUGAGUCACCUGCCCGUAGCAAGAUAUAGUAUGAAUAAAACAUUGUUAAUCUUUCAUUUAGUAACACAGAUUACACAAAUUAAAUAGUAUCAAAUAAAUAGUAUAUUUGAUUUUAAACACAAACUUUUAGGUUUACAUUAUUUAUAUAUUCAAACAUUCUUUAAUAGAAUACUGAGUUUUAUAUUUGUUAUGUAUAUUUUAUUUUAUUUUAUUUUAAUGCUUUGUGGAAGAGGAAUAAAUCAUUUGGAUCCUGUAUAUUGAGGAUUUGUUAUAUAAAUCUUUUAAUUAUAAUCCAUUGUAGCACCAUACAUCAUUGUGUGACUCUCCUAACAUGUUUAUAUUGCUAACAUUUAAUUUCACACCCACAGUUUCUUAAACAUACAUCCCAUAGGUGUGGAUCCUCAAUCCUUUUUGUAUUAACCGUUUUUUAGCAUCCUCCUGAUUAGCUAGACAGAGGCAUUGUUUUAUUGCAUUCAGUUAGCCACCUGGUUAUUAUUAUAAAUGUUGAUGGUUUUCUAAAGUACAAUAUUCGUAUUUAUACCAUUUAUUUUCAUGUUUUAAAAGUGUUACUAAACUCCAAACAUUUCAAAGUUUAGUUUUUAUUAGUUUAUUGGAGUAUUUGUAAUCAUGUUCUUUAUACAUUUUUAAACAAAUCAGAGGUUUUUAAGUUAAUAUAAGAGAGGGUUAUAUAUUCAGUUGUGAUUUUUAUUACAUUACUACACUGAUUUUCCAAUAUAUUGUUUGUAUUAGUUGUAAUUUUUAAGCAUAAUGUAAUAUACAGUUUUAAAGAACUGUCACAAGACACUACAUAAAUAUUUUUGAAGACCAAAGUUUUAACAAGUUACAACUUCACAAUCAUCCUGUUGGUUAUUUUGUAUUUUCAUGACUCGAAUUUCAGUAUAGAUGUAAAAAUCCCCUUUUAUUCUGUAUUCUCAAUAUAUAAUGUUAUACAAAAUUGUGCCAAGGAUAUGUAAAUAAGAUACUUUUUUUAUAAUAAAUGUUAUAUUUGAUUUAAA